UCGUUUGUGUUUACUACCGUUAACUUCAAACUUAUUAUCAUGUCUGGUCGUGGUAAAGGAGGAAAGGCAAAGGGCAAGUCAAAGACCCGUUCAAGCCGUGCUGGACUCCAGUUUCCAGUUGGUCGUAUCCAUCGUAUGUUGCGCAAAGGCAACUACGCAGAACGUGUUGGUGCUGGAGCUCCAGUCUACCUCGCAGCUGUUAUGGAAUAUCUGGCUGCUGAAGUUCUCGAGUUGGCAGGCAACGCCGCCCGUGACAACAAGAAGACUCGUAUCAUCCCACGUCAUCUCCAGCUGGCCAUCCGUAACGAUGAAGAAUUGAACAAACUUCUCUCAGGAGUCACCAUCGCUCAAGGUGGAGUUCUUCCCAACAUCCAAGCUGUCUUGUUGCCAAAGAAAACCGAGAAAGCCAGCUCUUAAUUGACUAAACUUAUUUACAAAAACCAAACGGCCCUUUUCAGGGCCACCAAAUUUUUCAUACUAAGAAAACUUACCAAGUGGUAUUAUUAUUACUAAAGAAAUAAUUAUAACUGCCUGAUCACAUUUUAUCUAAUUUUGACUUGUUCUAGUUAACAAAAGUUUUUUCUAACCUAAAAUCUGUACGACAAUUAAAUAAUCAAAUUCAGUUCUAUGUCAACUGAUGUCAAUGAAAUUCGACCCAGCCUUUACAUGGUUGAAUUACUAUGGUCGCAACUUGAUUUAGGCUUUUUAUCAUUAGAAUCUAUCAGAUUGUCAUGUGAUCAGAU